AUGAUAACUUGUCCACUAUUCUAUCUCCUCAAUACUUUGAGGGUUGUUACUAUCCUCUCUCUAGCCUGUUGUGCUGCAGGCCUAUUCGCAUGUGUAGUUAUCGGUCUUCGCGACAAUCGGCUUUCGUUCUUCGUCACGGCAAACAUUCUCAUUCUAUGGGUGAUGUCUCUAUUCCUUAUUGUCAUUGAGUUUGAGUUUUUUCGAUCUUACUGGAGACAAAGAUGGCCAUGCUUCGGGCCUCAAGCCUCUUUGGUAACACCCAGCAUCUGCCAACUUGCAAUUGCCUUCCAAAUCUUCGGUGCCUUAAGCGGACCAAUGUCCAAGUCUAUCAUAGAAGAAAGGUUCAGUGCUUUCAACCUCGCAGCCGCCAUAAUCGCUACAGUUACAGGUUCUGCAAACAUCCUGGCGAGCAUUUCCCUCCGCCGAAAAUAUCGCGACAUACCAAUUAAGGACAUCCGUAAAAAGGGGUUAUAUCUUGCUAGAAUGGGCUUCGAUCUCUCUAGGAACAAUGGUCGCCCAGAAAACCUGAAGUUCCAACGAAUGGUAUCCCUAAACGACCUCGAACGUCAACAAUCGCUAGAGAGAUACCCUCAAGGCCAUGAAGAAGAGCCACAUUCUACAGGGCAGGUUUAA